GUUGAGUCAAGACAAGACAGUUACUGACAGCAUGUAUAAUAUACAUGAGGUGUUACUUGUUGGAUUAGGACAGCGGAAAUCUAGACCAUACCUGCUGGCGAGGGUAGAAGAUGGUUUAUUGAUCUAUGAAGCAUUCCCGUAUUAUCAGUCAAAGGAAGACAAUCACCUUAAAAUACGAUUUAAGAAAGUCCAGCAUAAUCUGAUCCUGAAGGAACGUAAAGUAAAGUUCCGAAAGAGAGGCGAAGAGAUCUUAGAUGAAUUUGAUGAAUUUAAAACUGAUCAAGGACAGUGGUUCCGGUACUUUGACGAUAUUUCAGGCUAUAGUGGAGUAUUUAUUUGUGGACCAUAUCCACACUGGUUGUUUAUGACUCAGAGAGGGUCCCUCAGGAUACAUCCCAUGGGAAUAGAUGGUGCCAUCACAUGUUUUGCUCCAUUCCAUAAUGUGAAUUGUCCCAAAGGUUUCCUCUACUUUAAUAAACAGGGAGAACUACGAAUUUCAGUAUUACCAACUCAUUUAACAUAUGAUGCUCCAUGGCCUAUACGUAAAGUUCCAUUAAGAUGUACUCCUCAUUUUAUCAUUUAUCAUACAGACAGCAAGACAUAUGCUGUGGUCAUGCAUACACCAGAUAUUGGUAACAAAUUGCCCAAAGUUACAUCAGAAGAAAGAGAAUUUGAUGUCUUUGAAAAAGAUGAGAGAUUUGUAUAUCCGACAGCACAGAAGUUUUCCUGUCAACUUUACAGUCCAACAUCGUGGGAAGUUGUGCCAAAUACACAGUAAGUUUAUUCUAAAUUAAUCAAAGUCCAAGUGCCUUAUUUUGCAUCUAGAG